CCGAGAACACACAGUCGCGCGCGCGCACACACACACACACUGCAGCGGAGAUAGAAAGUGCUGGACACAGAGAGAGCGCGAGCGGUCACGCGUCUUCUCGCCAACGCGGCGUAUGCGUGCUGUAGCGUGGCUGUAGUGGGGCUCGCGGUGUCGGUCACGGGUCAUGGGGGGUAACCUGGGGUGCCACCGCUCGCUGCCGGCGGACCCCGGGGACGUGCGGCAGCGCGGGCGCAAGUUCAGCGCGACCUGCAGCUUUGCGCACGUCUCCGCGCACAACCCCGAGCGCUUGAACGUGAACGCGGCCAGCGAGGAGGAGCUCAUGACCCUGCCUGGGGUCACCCGUGCCGUCGCACGCGCCAUCGUGGAUCACCGCGCGCGCAUCGGGGGCUUCAGGAAAGUGGAGGACGUCGCCCUGGUGAGUGGCAUCGGCGCCGCCAAGCUGCAGCUCAUCAAGCCGGAAAUUUGCGUAUCGAGCCGUAGGCACAACAAUAACGACCCGCGUAAGGAGCGCGAGCAGGACCACCGCGUCUCCCUGGCGCACUCGUCCUCCCAUCCCAACUCCCCGACCGGCUGCAGCGAGCUGCGUCUUCCCCCCGGAGGACCAGCGUACAUGGCGUCCGAGCGGCCCGAAGUGCAACCUCCGCCGUGCGCGCGUCACGGAAAGCCGGUGGUGCGCGUGGCCACGUGGGACCUGCAGCGCUGCUCCAGCGAUAAAGCCAACAACCCCGGGGUCAAAGAGGUCGUGUGCAGGACCCUGCUGGAGCGCGACAUCAAGUUGUUAGCAGUUCAAGACCUGACUGAUCAGCAAGCGCUCUAUAAGUUUUGCUCAGAGCUCAAUCAGCCAACUCUCUCCAGUGUGUGUAACUGGAACGGCUCUCGUGGUGUGUGGAAAUGUGCUGCUUCUGGGAAACCCACUGGAGAGUCCUGUGAGGGUUCAGAAUAUUCUGGUUUCCUCUGGGACUCCUCGGCCGGCAUCCAGCUGAAAGAGGCCGUGGUUUUGGAAAGCGCUGCUGCUAACGGCAACGGGAGCGACGUCCAGCCAAAAGCGUACCUUGGACACUUUUAUAUCGGAUCGUCCGAGCUCACCGUGGUCAACGUGCACCUCAGACCUCCGGCGGCGGCGGCGAAGCAGCAGAAUGGGCGGAGCCACAAAUCUGACGAGAUGAAGACCCAUAAGCUGAGCCCUGGAGUGACAGAAGCUCUGAGAGGGGUGAAGAACGUGUUGGUUGUCGGGGGCUUUGGGCUUCCUCCAGACAACGCUCAGUUUGAGCCUCUGAAGAAGGAGAAGCUGAGCGCACUCGUGCCUUCCUCUAUCAACACCAACAUCAGCACCAAAGCACCGCAGGGAUCCAGAUGUCUGGACAACAUCUGGGCCAGCCGUAGCAUCAAGAAGCUGUACACAGGUCAUUGCUCAGUCCUGAGGGAAGGCCUAACCAACCCCUGGAUCCCUGAUAACUGGUCAUGGGGCGGCGUGGCGUCGGAGCAUUGCCCCAUUGUGGCUGAGUUUUUUUCGGAUUGCAUAAAGGAGAAAACGACGAAGGAGCCGCUGCUUAACGGAGGCAGCAGUGUUGCCGUGGUGGAGAGGGAUGACAUCACACCCAAACAUGAGCGGUGACUUUUGCCCUUUGCUCUGUAGAGACUGCCGUGGUGGUAUGACAUCACAGCAGAGAGACUGCAAUGGACUGAAACUGCGUCUUUUCCAGCUGUUGUACAGUAGAAAUCAUUUUAAAUUUAGAGAAGUAAUCAGAUAUUAAGGGAGAUGAGAGAUAUGUAUUUAUUCAAUUUUUCACAUUACACAUGUGCUAAAAACUUUUUAAUGACGUAUCUGGAAUAAAGCAAUACUGAGAAUUUAACUGAUCAAAGUAAUAUAACUUGUCUGUAUUAGAGAAUAGAGUUGUUUAUAUGAUAUGAUGCUCUUACUCUGAACCUGACAGCACAGAGGCCACGCCUCCUUCACUAAGACUGACAGCACAGGGGUCACGCCUCCUUCACUAAGACUGACAGCACAGAGGCCACGCCUCCUUCUCUCAGACUGACAGCAGAGGCCACGCCUCCUUCUCUCAGACUGACAGCAGAGGCCAUGCCUCCUUCUCUCAGACUGACAGCACAGAGGCAACGCCUCCUUCUCUCAGACUGAUAGCACAGAGGUCACGCCUCCUUGCACAGAGGUCACGCCUCCUUGCACAGAGGCCACGCCUCCUUCUCUCAGACUGACAGCACAGAGGCAACGCCUCCUUCUCUCAGACUGACAGCACAGAGGCCACGCCUCCUUCUCUCCGACUGACAGCAGAGAGGCCACGCCUCCUUCUUUCCGACUGACAGCACAGAGGCAAUGCCUCCUUCUCUCAGACUGACAGCACAGAGGUCACGCCUCCUUGCACAGAGGCCACACCUCCUUCUCUCAGACUGACAGCACAGAGGCCACGCCUCCUUCUCUCAGACUGACAGCACAGAGGUCACGUCUCCUUGCACAGAGGCCACGCCUCCUUCUCUCAGACUGACAGCACAGAGGCCACGCCUCCUUGCACAGAGGCCACGCCUCCUUCUCUCAGACUGACAGCACAGAGGCAACGCCUCCUUCUCUCAGACUGAUAGCACAGAGGUCACGCCUCCUUGCACAGAGGUCACGCCUCCUUGCACAGAGGCCACGCCUCCUUCUCUCAGACUGACAGCACAGAGGCCACGCCUCCUUCUCUCAGACUGACAGCAGAGGCCACGCCUCCUUCUCUCAGACUGACAGCACAGAGGUCACGCCUCCUUGCACAGAGGCCACGCCUCCUUCUCUCAGACUGACAGCACAGAGGUCACGCCUCCUUCUCUCAGACUGACAACACAGAGGCCACGCCUCCUCGCACACUUCCACUAAGCACUGCUAAACAUUUACAACAUCAGAAACAAAUUCAGCAUAAAUCACAAUAAGUCACUUAAGAUAAAGAAUUCUUUGUGUUUUCACAGUCACCAUUAACUAGUGCCUUCAUGAGUUUUUACCUUUAAAACAUGACACAUCAAAUCACAGGAUUUAGUUCAGGUCACUAAGCUGAUGAUGUGAAUAAUCCGAGCGUGUGAAGCGCCAGAGCUAAAUUUGUUAUAUAACAUUGUUUUAAAAAAAAAUACUAUUGUGAAAGCAGAACUGUACAUUAACAUAAUAUACACAAUCAUGGUGGUGAUAGUGUCGUCUAGAGCAGGGGCGUCAAACUCAAAUUCACAGUGGGCCAGAAUAUAAAACUGAGAUAAAGUCAAGGGCCAAACACGGGUCAACCUUUUUCAUAUGGAAACAAACUUUAGUUUUGCUUGAACACAGGAUUUGGAACAACCAGAGCUUGAUAUUACAAACAUAAGAAAUUCAAUUUGAAAUAAAAGACACGUCAGUGGUGUUCAUUUCUUAUUUAAAUAAAUAAAAUAAAUGACGCCUCUCACUGGAUCACUGGAUCGUUUUAAGUUCCUUUUUGAAGUGGAUCUUUUUCAAAACCGACAACAAAACACGUCCAGGUCCUUAUACUUCUCAUAAUGUUUCGUUUCAUAGUGUCUUCUUAUGUUAUAUUCUUUCGUUACAGACACGUUAGCGCCGCCCACAAGACAAACAGGUCUGUCCUUUAUACUCGUGAACAGAUCAUCUGCCUCCCACCUGUCUUGAAAGCUCCUAUUGUCCAUCUAUCGUUUGGCCAUUUUUGUAUAGGGUGGAGUAAACUUGCCCGAUGUGACUGUAACAUGGUUGUUAACGACUGUCAACAGAGAAUGAGGGGCGCUUGCUGUUCGUGACUACGCGUCACUACAGUGGCAAGGCAUUCUGGGAUUUGUAGUAUUAGCGCGCAAUUUGGCCCGGGGGCCUGAGUUUGACACCCCUGGUCUAGAGCUUGAUCUCUGGCCACUUACUGACUAAGCCCUUCUGUAUGGACUGGUCUCUUUUUCCACACUAUGGAUGGAUGGAUGGAUGGAUGGAUGAUAGUUUUUCAAAUAAUGAUGAUUUCAGAUUUUAAAAUUUAGGGAUUUUUUUAAUUAUAUACCUAUAAAUCCUGACCUUUGUCAUGAACACUGGACUCCUGGACUUGUUUUCAUGGUUGGUCUUUAUGGGCUUUAUGAUGCUAUUUGAUUCUCUAUGAGGUUUUAUGAUGUUGUUUGUUAGGUCUGAUCUCCUACAAACCCUGAGGCUUUUAUAUUGCAGUUAUAUUAACAUCAUGUGCCACUGUAAUUGUACACUGAUGGACUAAUUAUGCUACUUCUCCCUUAAAGGGUUUCACAUCAUUGGGUGAAUCCUAAUGCAAUAACAGCUUUUGAUAUUUAAUAAAUUACUUGUCACUAAUUUUGCAAAUCACAUAUAUUAUAUAUUGAUGUUUUGAUUUAUAGACUCCGACAUUACGCAGUAUUUUGUGUAGAUUCAUGACGUAUUGUCUCCGUUAAACUGAUCUGAGUUGCAGGCUGUAAAACUACAAACUAUGGGAAAAGUUGAAGCAGUGAAUUAUUGAAGUGCGUCUGAACUCAUGUUCUGUUGGGUGACACCAGCAGUGAAACUGUGAGCUCUGACAUGAACAGUAGCUUCUACAGAACUCGAACAGACCGUAUUCAUUUUUAAACACGAAUUUUAAAUGACAGUUUCACCUAAAUUUUGCUGAUGUGUUUGACGUAUGUGGGUUCUCUCACAUUAAUGACCUCAGGGAAAAGGCCUUGUUAGCAUUUUUCCUUUUUUUUUCUUUUUUUUCAUCUUUUCUUUCUUUUUUCUUCUUUUUUUUUAAAUUCACGUCAUUAAAAAUUGGUCUGGGGAAAAAUUCCUCUAAAAUCUCUCUCACAAUCUUAUACUAAAAGGCUUCAAAAUUGAACCCCAUGUGAAUCAGCUAGUUAGCUAGCUAGCUAGCUAGCCAGUGGACUAAUGUUAUAGCCAUAGGAGUGUACAGCCAUCUUAUGUAAAAUAAAAUCAAAUAAAAUGACAAAUGGUUCAAA